AUGGAGACAACCACCAUAGCAAGACAGAGAAUAGCCACAUAUUGGUGGCUCAUCGUCUGUGUGGCUCUCUUCUACGGUGACGUCACAGGCACAUGUGACACCCUGUUUUUGCUGAGUAGUAAUCGAACCAAUAUGCAUGAAGUAAUUGACGAGUUUGUGCGCACGAGAGGAGUCGGUAAGACUGCACUUUACCAGGCUUAUCACCAGAAUGGAUCACUUUCCAUGGAACUUUUCUAUGUGAAUGAGCUGAGGUCGUGGGUAAUGGGUAGAAACACAUCAAGAAACAAGCGCUCUGUUUUGAAGGAAUUCGAAACAAGUUUAAAACCAAGAGCAAACACGCUUCGGUCUGAACUAAGAAAGCAGCUUAAUGACUUCGAACAGAUGUCUUCACAACUGGAAGAAACAAAAGAACAUUAUAUAGAUUUAGCGAAGUGGAUUAAACCCAUGAUGGAUCCUUUAAAGAACACUUCAUUAUCUGAAAUGGGUUACAACGUUUCGCCUGAGCUUACGAGUUACAGAGAUUGGCAUAAUAGUAACUCGAUACGCUACAUUAUUAAUCUUUUCGGAUCCGGAAUGGAGUUUUUGUUAUUUUAUAAAGUGGUUACUAAACCUGCUAUGCUUGUGUUCAGUACUGUAACUUUCGGACUAGGUAUAGCAUUAUCUGCGUAUGAUAUAUAUGAUCAGGUACAACAGGAAAAGGAGACUCUAGAUAAACUAAAGCAGCAAAAAUCUGAUGUAACAAAGACCAUAGAUAUCAUGGAGCGGGAUAUAAGACAAAUUGAAAACUUCAAAUCGAAAUACAGAGAUGAAAUAGUAAAACCACUGCAGUCACUUCUUGAUAACUACUUUCCAAAUCAAUUUAAAUCUUUUCGUGUAUACUUGAAGAAGCUAAACAACAUCAAAAACAUUAACCAUAGGUUUACAUAUCAUAUGAAUGUUCACUUGAAUAACACUAUAAAUGACAUCAAAAUGAACACGAAUGAAACAAUAAAUAGCAGGAAUCUUUACCAGAAUGCUUUGGAAGAAAUAAAUAAAGGCAUUGCAAAGAAAAUGACCCCAACACAAAUUAUUACUACAAUUCAUAUGAUCUACAACAGUACCAGUUUGCCCACAGAAUUUAAGUCUACUUUCAAUUUACUGCGAUAUUUAGCUGUUAACUUCACCAGCGUAGGAUACUGUUACUGGGGAAUUUCUAUGGAUCGAAUUAGAAGUGGCGAAGUGGACAUGGACACUUCCGGUCCGCUGUGUCAGUCCCCAGAGCUGGAAGAUGACGAGAGAGAUAUUCUUGCCAAUGUGAACAAAACAGUGGCUCCUUGUAGAAUCCUACGUCAGAUGAAAGGAGACAUAUUUGACAGCAUGUUCAAACUCAUUAAAUUUAUUGCCGAUUUCAUUUUACCGGACAAAGACUGCUACUGGGGGUAUGAUCUUGUCUACUUAAGAAACACUAGUAAAACGUCAUCUGCCUUUAACAAAAUGGAACUAGAUUAUCGUGUAUAUCUUUAUUUAAAUGAAGCUAUGACAAGAAACCUUUCAACCCCUAGUGUCUUCAAUGGGUUAUGUCAGAUAUUUAAGAUCUGUGAUCAAAGAUGGCAAACAUUUGUAUAUUGCUCUAUACGCCCGACUUCGGAAUAUGACACUGACGUUUGUGCUCAGCAAAACUCUUUAGACUGCAGAAAUAUGGCGAGUGUAUAUAUCGGAGAUGUGGAUUGUUACGGAUAA